AGGCGCGUCUUGGCACAGUCUUGGCGUGCGCGUCUUCUCUUCGCUCCGAGAGAGAAACCUGAGCGGUUGUCCGGAGGGAGCUGAGCUCGGCUGGGGCUUUUUUUGGCCAGCAGAGCCGUCGUUGCCGGGCAAAGAGAGGCGAAAGGAAAGAGAUGAGCCGGGGCUGAACCAGUUUCCCACGCUUCUUUCUCCCAACUUGCCCUUGCGCUCCCGUCCAAACUUUCGCGUCUUCUCCGGAUUCCUUUCCCCCACACGACCAUGGCGGGCUCGUCGCCUCCCCCGGCUUACUCCGACCUCAAGCGGGGCUUGGAGAAGAGCGGCAGCGGGGCCGAGCUCCAGCUGAACGGUGACCAGGAGAUCCCCGGCCCCGAGGAGGAAGAGGACCAGCGCCCCGCGCCCAAAAACUAUUUGUGGCUAAGCAUUCUGUCCUGCUUCUGCCCCGCUUACCCCGUCAACAUCGCCGCCUUCGUUUUUUCGGUCAUGGCGCUAAACAGCUACACUCAAGGAGACAUCGAAGGGUCGAGAAGGCUGGGCCACACGGCUUUGGUGGUCGCUAUCGCAUCCAUUCUCAUUGGGAUCCUGAUGAUUGCAGUCCUCUGUAUUGUCCAUUACACUACGCACACCAUCUGAAUUUGGAGACGCGGGAUGUGAACGCUUCCCCGUUCUUCCCAAACCCACCAAGAAAUGAAAAAAACACGGAGGCUGCUCAACACACCACAAACAUCUGGGUUUGUGCGGUUUUUUUUCCAUCCCUACAAACCUGGUUCGGAGGCAAUCGGGUGAAAAACAAAAAAAAAUCUCCGGGGGGGAUUUUUUCCGCUGGUCGUGGGACUCGGUGUCCAGAUUAGCCGUUCCCUCCUCCCUCCCUCCCCACAAAAAACUGAAAACAGGAAAAAAGGAGGAAAAAACAACAACAACCGACUUGUCUUUCUUACAAGAAUGUCUUUACGGAGCUCCAUUUUGCAACUCGCGACUCCCUUUUCCAUGCACGCCAGAAGUGUAACGUGUAGCUCGCCCGCCUUCUUCCUACCUAGCCUUUUUUGCAUUUCAACUCGUCCGUUGGCUGUUUUCCCAGGCUGGAGAUCUUUGCUGGCUGAAUUUUUCUGGAUCGGGGAUGGAUGUCGAGACCUCCUGACCCGCAAGGAUGUUAGAUGAAGUGGCGUUUCCUUGGACUUCUGACUUCCACCCAUGAACCUGGUGUAGCAGCACUUCAAGGGCACCAGGGAUGAAGGCACCCAUAAGGCACAUCCUCACCAAGCAUGGGUGGAAACUCAUCGAUGGAGAGAAGCAACCUAGAACUAAGGAGACAUUUCCUGACAGUUAGAACAAUUAAUCGAUGAAACAACUUGCCUCCAGAAGUCGUGAAUGCUCCAACACUGGAAAUCUUUAAGAAAAUGUUGGAUAACCAUUUGUCUGAAAUGGUGUAGGGUUUCCUGCCUGGGCAGGGGGUUGGACUAGAAGACCUCCAAGGUCCCUUCCAACUCUGAUAUUAUUAUUAUUGUUAUUAUUAUUAAGAGAAGCAACCUAGAACUAAGGAGAAAUUUCCUGACAGUUAGAACAAUUAAUCGAUGGAACAACUUGCCUCCAGAAGUCGUGUAUGCUCCAACACUGGAAGUUUUUAAGAAGAGGUUGGAUAACCAUUUGUCUGAAGGGGUGUGGGGUUUCCUGCCCAGGCAGGGGGUUGGACUAGAAGACCUCCAAGGUCCCUUCCAGCUCUGUUAUUCUAUACUAUUUCAAAGAUUGCCUUCUCUGCUGGCCAUCCCUGACAAUGUUCUAUUUUGCAGUUGUGGUGGCAUUGCCAAGGUCUUGACUCCAUCCUAAAAUGAACCUUUUCUGCUCCUUGCAUUACCUUCCUACUCGUUGGACGAUAAAAAAACUAGUUCCACGUAUUCUCUCUCUCUCUCUCUUGGGCAGGAAUGAGCCUGGCCUUCCUUUACAGCAUCUGUAAUUGCAUCUGUUUUAAUUGUGCCUCUCUUUCCCAUGGCUGUUACCAUGCCUCUGUCUGCAGAGUUGCAUGAAACAUGCAUGAUCCAGAGAAAAACGGAGGGCUUUGAAAAGCAUGUGGGGGGGGGGGGAUAAACCCACCAGUUUAUCAGUGUCUUUUGGGAGGGGCUCGCCCCCUCAGAAAUCGAAGUUACCUGCCUGCUCCUUGGACUUCUGCGAAAUACACAGUUGUAGCGGGGAAUGACACCCACCCACUCCCGAGACGCCGAGAAAUCCAAAUAACAGAAAAAGUGGCGUUGAAAUUGAGCAUGUUGUUAACCACGAUGGAAAUAUUAAAUCUUCGCUGUGGCCGGAUCCAGGCAUUCUUGACCGUGGCAGCUGGGAAUGUUAAUUUUUUUUUUUUUUUUAGCCUCUUUCGUCGAGGAGCAGGGCUAGAGGAAAAGAUUCAGCUAUGCCACCUAAAAUUUCUGGUUUUUUUUUUUUUUAAAGCGAUCUAGCGGUCAAGAGGGGGAAUUCAAGACCCCCGGGGUCAGGUUGCAGAAUUCGAAGGGAAGCCUUGCUUGUUUAAGGAAA